AAAAUAUACAUCCCUAAUUUUUAGUGAAUCAUUUAUACUUCUUCUCUCUCUCUCUUUCAAUGCAGCCCAAUCUCCUCCAGGCCAUGGCUGUGUUCUUCAUAUUCAUAUUCAUGACCAUAAUCUUAAAUAUUCGUAAUCCGACCCGUGUGUUUGCCCAAGCUGAUGAGCAAAGCAGAAACUGCAGCUCCUCAUUUCAGUGCGGAAACCUUUCGGGUGUUGCCUAUCCUUUCUGGGGAUCCAAUCAGCCAAGUUACUGUGGCCACUUGGGGUUCCAGCUUAAUUGCAAAGGCCAAGCGGCAGAGAUCACAAUCAUGAAUUUAACUUACCAAGUCCUUAAGAUCAAUAGCCAGUCACAGACUCUCACAGUUGCCAGAGCAGAUUACAUAGCAAAUCUCUGUCCCAGUGUCCUUUCCAACACCACUUUGGACCCCAAUCUUUUCACUUAUGCUGCUGAUAUUCAGAAUAUAACUCUGUUCUAUGGCUGCCCCAACACCAACAUGUCAUUUCCCACAACUCCAGGGUUUUCCUCUCCGUUUUCUUGCAACUUAAGCAGCGUCAAUAGCCAAAAUUUUUAUUUGACAAGGCACGCAGAUAGCUUUCCCACCGUAAUUAGCACUUACUUGAGAACGUGCGGCAGUCGUCUUAUUGUUCCUGCAAAUCAAUCAGUUGUUCAACGCAUAGAGAGCAAUCCAAUAGAGGAGAAUUUGGUUGAAGUUCUUGAACAGGGUUUUGGGUUGCAGUGGACUGCAAAUGAUACCUUGUGUAAAUCAUGUGAAUUGUCCGGUGGGCUGUGUGGUUACAACUCCACUGCAAGUGCAUUUACUUGUUAUUGUCCUGGCCAGCGUUAUCCGUUCACCUGUGCAACAUCCUCAGCCAAAGAUGGGGGCAAAUCUAAUCGAACUUCGCUGGGAAUAGGACUUGCUAUAGCAGCCACUACUAUUGUCAUUGUUUGUAUUGGAUGCUACUAUUGUUUUAUUAGAAGACGAGGAUUUUGCAGUGACAAAGUAAAGACAUUGUUGUGGGAAAAUAGUAAAGAAGAUGAAAAGAUAGAGGCAUUUAUUAUGAACUAUCCUUCUCUCAUGCCAAAGCGAUAUUCAUACGCAGAUAUAAAGAAAAUGACCAACUCAUUCAUCCAUAAGCUAGGUGAAGGAGGAUUUGGAGGUGUAUACAAAGGAAAAUUACCAGAUGGUCGCUUUGUGGCCAUAAAAGUUCUAAGCAAGUCUACAGGUGAGGGGGAAGAAUUCAUUAAUGAAGUUGGAAGCAUUAGUAGAACUUCCCAUGUAAAUAUAGUUACUCUUUUAGGGUUUUGCUAUGAGAGGACUAGAAGAGCUUUGAUCUAUAAAUACAUGCCCAAUGGAUCUUUAGAUAAGUUCAUAAAUGAUCCAGGAUCUCAGCAUGAUAACUGUGAUUUAGGGUGGAAAAUGUUAUAUGACAUUGCAAUUGGCACUGCUAGAGGUUUAGAGUAUUUGCAUAGAGGUUGUAAUACAAGGAUUGUGCAUUUUGACAUAAAACCUCAUAACAUUCUUCUAGAUGAAAAUUUUUGUCCUAAAAUCUCUGAUUUUGGUCUUGCAAAAUUAUGCAAGGGAAAGGAAAGUAUGGUGUCGAUGUUGGGUGCGAGAGGGACAGCUGGGUAUAUAGCUCCAGAAGUAUUCAUGAGAAGCUAUGGAGGGGUUUCGUAUAAGUCUGAUGUGUAUAGUUAUGGAAUGAUGAUUAUUGAAAUCUUUGGAGGAAAAAACAACACUGAAGCAGGAGUUUCUGACACCAGCGAUAUAUACUUCCCAAAUUGGAUAUAUAAACACAUUGAAUCAGGAGAGAUUUCUAGACUUCAUAGAAACAUAACAACAGAAGAAGAAGAAACGAUAAGAAGGAUGAUCAUAGUGGGCUUGUGGUGCAUUCAGACAAAUCCAUCAGAUAGACCUUCAAUGACAAAGGUAUUAGAGAUGUUGGAAGUUAAUGUUCAAUCCCUGCAAAUUCCACCGAAGCCUCUCCUGUUUGUUUCAAGCACACCACUGCAGUACUCUUCCGUUGCAUCAUCAGCACCAGAAAAUAUGAUCACAGAAGAAUGAAAGGAAAAGUUAUGUCAUUAGCUGAAACCUAAACGUUGGAGGCAUCAUCAGUUUAGAAGUGUAACGGGUAAUAUAAAAACCUGUCAUAUUUUCAGCAAAUUCAAAAUCUCAACAUCAAGACUCAAGAGGAAAGAUUUUGUUGGUGGCCAAAAUAGCUCAUGUAAUAACUAUAGUUGUUAUGUUCGAAUAAGGUAGCAUGGUAGACAUACCUGACUAGCCCUCACCCUUAUGGAGGUGAAUUCUAAAGCUAAAGAAGUAUUUGAAGCAUAGGCUCUGUUAUUUCUCUGUAUAUUAAAGUUGCUGGAGUGAUGUGAAAAUUUUGAUGAUCGUAAUUUAACUCAGUUACAGGGAGAGGAGAUUAUUUA